AUGCUCACUUUAGUGUUGGACAUGGGGUUUCAGGUCAACUGUAUUUCUGGAACUGCUUCUGAAUCCGUUGAAGAGCUACGCGAUCUUCUUGUACCAGAUGCAGCAAAAUGGUACCAGACCGCCAGCUACGGCCAGCUUGAACUCAAUAUCACAGCCGAUACUACCAAGUUCUACCGCAUGCCCAAAUCAGCAGCAUCUUAUAAGUGGGAAGAGGGUUUUAGCGCUGAACAGCACUUGUCCUACAUCCAAGAUGCUCUCGACGCGUAUACAAACAACGGUGCAAGACCACCACCCGCCGAGACGGACAUUCUGUACAUCGCGACAACACGCAACAACGACAAGAUGACCCGAUCGCUCGGAUCCAGCUUCAGCGUGUCUGCACGGAAUGGGAAACUUGUCUCCAGAAGAGCUGUCACCUUCGGCGCCGAUCCCUACAUCUCGUGGGGCUAUAAGGCGCAUACGUUGACUCCUGUUGAAGUUGAGGGCGGUGUCAAGGCCAUUGUCGUUGCUAAGAAUGACACUUCUGCUUUGGUAGUCGAAGCUCGUGUUGCGAAGGGCGUUGAUAGGAAUAUUUGCGCCCCGGGAGUUCUUCUGUAUACCGUUGAUACAACGCUAGCCACGUCGGAGGGUUCGAUCAAGGUCUUGGAUGUGACGCCCGGAUCGAACGGCUGCGGGGAUGCCAAUGGCGCGGUUGAACGACAGGACUUUGUCGAUGAAUGGGAAGAAGUCGUUUGA